CGGCAAGUUGCCUCGACUCGCCGUCGUCGUUCCGUCGUGCUGCGGCUUUUUUUGAUGAGAAUUGGGGUGAACAUUACAUGUGUCUGCUCGCCAUCACUGCGCUGCACGAGUUCGACGACAAGAAAGAAAAGUGACUAGAUUUGUGUGCGUGAUCACAGGACUGAAGUGAGAGUGUGGUUGUGCAUUCGUUUGUGUCCACUGACAUAUGCAUCAGCAGUGUGUCGAAGAACCAGCAGCAAAGGCUGAAAAGCAGUAGCCGAGCGAACACAAUCUUCGGCAAUAGAAGUGGAAAACAGCAGGAAUCAGUUGGAGAUUGGCGAAGAUUUCCGCACGGGUCUGCAUACCAGGCACGCCUGGUCGAUUCGAUCACCUCAUUUACCCACAUCCUGUGCAGGGCGACAACCGACAGGGAUCGCCAGCACUUGUCGUAACGCAUCGAUAGAAACAAGAUUCUGUCGAUGAAGCAAUCAAACGGCCGUCGUAAAUGAGUGUUCCGAAGCAAACAUCAGUGUAGAUUAAGCUCAGCCCAGCAGCAUCAAGAUGUCGACGUUACAUUUCGUUGUUCAUCCGCUCCCUGGAACUGAGGAUCAACUAAAUGACAGAAUACGCGAUGUGGCUGAUAAAAUCAAUAAAUAUGGAGUCCAAACACUACCAGGGCUCCAGUCGCUAAAGGUACCGGUCAAGCAGAUCGUUAUCGGACCAGCGCACCUAGGCAUCUUGCUCGAGGAUGGUCGAGCAUUCCGCGUGGCGUUCUCCAUCAUACCGGAGCGGCUGGAUCUCAGCAAACAGGAUGCCUCAAAAGCCGGUGGAGGCGGAGGAAAUCCUUCCGGUCAGGCCAACAACAACUCGAAAACCACACCCACCUCGCGCCAGUGUCGCUCGAGGACGCGAAUAAUGCGCACCAGCAGCUCGAUGCGCGGCGGAAGUAGCUCUCAGGGGUCCGGGUCACGCAGCACCGGUGUCAUUAUGGGAAGCGGCUCGUCGGGCAGUCGGUCGAUUGUAUCCGUGCCGGCUCCGUUCGUGCCGGAGGAGUUGGUAGCACAGGCGCAGGUGGUGCUCCAGGGCAAGAGCCGCAAUCUGAUCAUCCGCGAACUGCAGCGCACCAAUCUCGAUGUGAACUUGGCCGUCAAUAAUCUGCUGUCCCGCGACGACGAAGGUGGAGACGAUACGGAGGAGGGAAGUGAUAACUAUGUGGCCGAGGAUUUGAUCUCUCUGCUGGACGGUGGCUUCCAUCCAGACAAUAGCGUCAUUAUUGACGCCGAAGCGAUGUUCUCGGAGGAUGUGUUCGGCUUUUCCAACAUUAGAAAUUUGAUGUUGUACAGCCGUGCUCGCAGUGAACGCAAUCAAAACAACUCUUCUUCGGCCAGUGGAGGAGGAUCGGGAGCCGGUGGCAGUGCGAGUGGCGUUGGUGGCCCAUCGGGUGUUUCUAGCGGCGCGGGAGGUUUGAGCAGUGCGGAACGUGAAGGCUUCGGUCGAUGGCGCGAUCGGCAGUACUUUGGACCACGCCGCUGGUUUCAGAGUGGACGGGAAGAUGUAUGGGAAAAAGAUGUCGAUUCAAAAAAGAAAGACUACUCUUCAGGCUACCCGCUUUGGGUAUCGGACGAGAUGGAACCAUGGCCGGAGAGAAACCAACCAGUCCGUUUUACGGAAAUCGCAUCUCUUUACUCCGAGUUCAUCGGGGUGACAGCGCGGGGCGAACUGCACCAGUGGCGCUGGGCCGAUGUGGAACCGUACCGUAGCAACGACUCGCCGGACGUCCACCAUCCGAAGACAGUGCCGUUGAACCUACAGCAUGAAAAAGUGACGCAGAUAUCGGCCACCCUUAUACGCUGCUCGGUCGCAACCGAGGCCGGUCGUAUUGCUACCUGGAUGGACGAGCUGCUCGGGUACGCCGGAAACAAGCUCGAGCACGUGGCAUCUAACUAUCCCGAGUUUAACCUCGAUCGGAUCGUGUCGCUGCACACCUGCACGCUAUACACGGUGGCCCGCACGGAGAGUGGCGAGCUGUUCUGGUGGGGCGUGCUGCCGUUCGGUCAGCGCAAGCGUCUCUGGGACAAGUACAAAGCAAAGGCGAAGAAACCGGUACGCCCGAGUGUGAACAUGCCGGAGGUGACGGUGGGGGCGCAGGUUUGCAUGAAAACGUCCCCCAUGUACCAGCAUGGCGCAAUCGGAUUCACAAUCUCGAACGGUGUGCCCAAGGUGGGCCAGCUGAUUAAUCCCGCCUGGGACCUGACGAACGUGGGUCGCUUUAAGCUGCUAUCGAUGUCGACCCUGUCGCAGCAGUUGGCGGCCAGUACGGCGGGCGCUUCCUCGGGUGCAGCUGCUUCCUCGACAGCGGGCAGUGGUACCAUGAGCGGGUCAUUGAAUUCCGGACUGCUGGGUUCACAGAGUGGUAACUCAAGUGGCGUUGGAAGUAUGAGCGGCAUCUUGGAUAAAGACUCCAAGGGGGGAAGCUCGUCCAGUGCUGGUGGUACUGGUGGAGGUCUCGGUGGAAGCGGCUUGUCUUCCGCGUCCGGUGGAAGUGGUUCGUCCGCUAAGCAAGGAGGCAACAACAAGGAAUCGGCGGACCGUAUCGAUAUGCCUCCGCCGCCGUCGCCGGCAUCCAGCACGUGCAGUGACACGGGCAGUGUGACAAACUCUCACAAACGGCAAAAGCGGAUGACGCUGAAGGAAGAACCCGAUCCGAAAAAGGAUGAGGAACAGUGGUUGUUGAAGGAUGUGAUUUUCGUUGAAGACGUGCGCUCCGUUCCGAUAGGGCGUGUGGUGAAGGUAGAUGGUGACUAUGCGGCAGUGAAAUUUCCACCACCACCCGGCAGCACCACCUCGAGCUCGUCCUCGUCUAGCAACGGUGGCGGCGGUGGCGGCGGCGGAGGUAGCAAUAGCAAGGACAAGUUCGACGACAGUAUCGAUGCAUGGCAGGACUGUCGGUUGUUGCCCAAAGAUGCGCUGCAAGUGAUCAAAUCCGCUACGACACCGCGCGUCCCUGACUGCUUCCAGAAGAUACCGCGCCGCAUCGUGCUCAGCCCAACGGCGACCGGUGGAAGUGGUGGUGGCAAUGGGGACGCACCCGGCGGUGGUACCUCACAGCUGCUAACGAUCGCGGUCGAUUCGAAAGGUAUUCACGCGAUCAUGAAGACUGGCAGUAAGCUGCACUAUUCGCUGUUCAAUCUGAACACCGGCCGACAGGAGCAGGACAGCGCCUUUCCCACGGAUAUGGGAUCGUUUCUGGGUGCUUCGUCGCAUCAGGAGGUCUCGCUAACGUGCGCCGGAGACUGCUCCGAGAGCGUGCUGUUGCUGCGCGAUGGCAACAACACGCUGUACCCGAUGGCGAAGGACUGCGUCGAUGCGAUUCGUGACCCGAGCUGGCUCGAUCUGCCCCCGAUUAAGUGCAUUGCGGCGGCCUCGCUGACGCUGCCGUCGGUGGGCGUAAAUUUGAAGUCGCAAGUCGCGCUUGUCGUCCUUGCGCCCGAGCAGCAGCAUCUGAUGUCGAAGAUUCUGCGCUGCGAUGUCGAAGGAGUCCGUCAGCUGCUGGCUUAUUUGGCCGCCGGGGAUGGUAGCGGUGGCAGUCAGGAUGCGAAGUCCCACCAUCUGGCAUCCAUUCUGAACGAGUAUACGGACGGCAAUCGGAACAUCAUUCACGCGUGCAUCAGCAUGUGUUCGCCAACGUCUAAUCGGGAGCCGGAAUUUACAUCCAGCGGUGGCUCGAAUGGCGGUGGCUCAUCGAACGGAGGAGGAUCUUCGUCCGGUGGGCUUGAUUCGAUUAAUGUCAUCACGAGCUCGAUGAUGGGUAACCGUCCGGUAAGCAUCCGGGAGAUAAUGCGCCGCAACGUCAUCAACCGCGAGCUGGUGCUGGAAGGUGCCAAUUUGAUGCAGAACAAUGUGGGUGGCUCCGGCUCCGGUAGUGCGGGCGGUGCUGCGGGUGUAGUGGUAGACGAACAAUCCGCCGCCCAGGUCGUUGUAGGAGGUGGGAACUCUAUGCCGGUCGUGUACUGGCCACCCGAGUACGACCCAACCAGCGGCGACGAGGACAGUCUCGGAGGGUUGAACAGCUCGGUGGCCAGCGGAUCCUCACAACAGCAACAGCAUGGUGGUGGUGGUCAGCAGCAGUACUCAACAUCACAGAAGUCGGUUGCGAUGGCUUCGAUCGCAGAGACGUACGUAUCCGACCCGAACGAGCGGCGUCAGAAUGCACUUACGAUCGUGCAGUUGCUGUGCGAAAGUUCGGCGCUACAACCCCACCUGCGGGCCUUACUGUGCGCCAAGGAUGCUCAGGGACAGACGCCGUUCAUGUUGGCAGUAACGUGCCGCGCAUACCAGGCCGGCAUCACGGUGUUCAACGCAAUCCAGCGCAUUGCCAAUGGCGACGCAGCGGUGCGCAACUCCAUGAUAUUCCCCGUCGGUUCGGCGCCCGAUCAAUCUCCGCUCGGAAUUCUGUGCUGCAAUGACACUUGCUCGUUCACCUGGACCGGCGCGGAUCACAUCAAUCAGGACAUCUUCGAGUGCCGAACGUGCGGCUUGACGGGGUCGCUUUGCUGUUGCACCGAGUGUGCCAAGGUGUGCCACAAGGGCCACGACUGCAAGCUGAAGCGCACCUCACCGACGGCGUACUGCGACUGUUGGGAAAAGUGCAAGUGCAAGGCACUGAUUGCCGGCAACCAAACCAAGCGCUACGAGCUACUGUGCAAGAUGGCCAACGAGACGGACCUAGUGACGCGAUUCAAUUCACGCGGUGAACCCAUCCUGUUGUUCCUCAUCCAGACCGUCGGCCGGCAGAUGGUGGAGCAGCGCCAGUACCGGGCGACUUCGCGGGUGCGCUCCUCCUCCGGGAACAACGCACGCAAAACGCCCAACCUCGAGUCGGACAGCGAAAUGCCCGAGCAUAAUCUCGAGCCACCGCGCUUCGCACGGAAGGCGCUGGAUCGGCUGCUGCAUGACUGGCCGGCGGUGCGAGCCAUGAUUAUGACCGGGGCGGAGCACGAGAAACCCGUCGUACCGAAUGUCAACCAGCAGCCGUUCUACGACGACGACAAUCAGCAGGUGUUCCUGCAGUCGCAGAGUGGCACAACGCUGCUGGACAAGUUUACGCACAGCCUGAUCGUCCGGUGCAGCAGCGAUCCGCUGGAGAAGCUGCUCGUGACACUGGUGACCGAAUUGCAGGACGAGACGAUUCCGGGGCGCGCGGAGGAAGCCCAGAAGGUGGCCCGUCGCUUUGUGCGCUCGGUGGCCCGCGUAUACGUAAUAUUCAGCAUCGAGCGGUUCCACAAUCCGGAGAAGCAGCGCAAUUCCACCACGCAAACGAAGCACUUGCAGGCGUAUCGGCGCGUCUUUACGACACUGUUCAAGUUUGCCAUCGAAGAGCUGGUAGAAAUUUCCGACGCCCUCAUAACGCCGGUACGGCUGGGAGUCGUCAAACCGAUAGCACCAUUCAGUUUGUCUUCGAACAAUAUCGAUAGUACGGAUGAUCUAUUCUCCGUCGAACCGCUGGCACCGCCAACGAACCGCUCCGGCGGCACCAGUAUGGUGCAAAUCGCAAACGCUACCGCCAACGUGCACCUGGGCGUGGACAAUAUGGACAGCGAGCGCUCGUCGUCCGGGUUUAUUUCGCGCAUCAACAUUCGUCUGCGCGACAUCGACGACAAUAACGACGCGGAUGCGCUGGUGCAGGACGACGGCGAAACGUCCGAGCAGGAGGACAUGGCCGAGCGCGAACAGCCACCGCCGAGACGGUCGUCCUCGUUGCGCCCGGUCACCAGUGCUGUCUCGUUGAACGCCGAGGAGGAAUCGCAAGAUCCGCUGCGGAAUGAGGAGAACGCGCAGGGCGAGAGCGACAACGAGUUCCACUUUCACGAGGCAGAGACGGAGUCCGAUUCCGACGACAAUCAAAGCACGCAGGACGCGCAGCGCAGUGUGCAGACCGGAGCGACGGCUGGCUCGGACACAGGUUUAAAUUCGCUACUGUUCGACAAUGAAGACGAUUCCGGCGACUCCACACAACCCGAUGAUGAAGGUUCGGAGGAUGGAGAAAGUGACGAUCAGUCCACGGUGGAUUUCAAUCUCAACGACGAGCAGCUGGAGCGCCGCCAAACGCCCGGUGGUAACCAGCGCAGCAACCUGGCCCCGCAGUCGAUGCAGUGGGCUAUACGCAGCCGCGAUACGGUCGUACCGGAACGGGUGCGCCUCACUACGGGCGGUUCCAAUCUAGUGUUCAUCGAUCCGACCACACUGCGGCGUUCGACGGCCGCCGUUACGGCCGCCCAGCAGCAGGAAGCUCCCACAAUGACCACCACGGCCUGUGCGCUGGCGCGUGCGUUCGGAAUCAUUCUUCGACAAAUAUCCGACCUGGUUGGAAUGCUACCGACCACCAUGACGGGCACCUCGUCCGCCGUUGAUGUGACGCAUCAGGAGGCUGUUCAACUACAGAUGUACGUUGAGAAACGAUUGAAACCCACCUGGGAGUGGAUACUGACCGUCAUGGAAGCAACGGAAGCACAGUUGCGCUUUGGCGCCUCCUUAACCGACUCUACCGAUCCAUCGCAUCCGCUUCAUCCGCUCAAUAUACCGGCCGCUUCGUCAUCCACUGCCUCCGAGACCGUGGCCGGAACAGGAAUGUUACCAAAGUCCAGCAGACGUGAUUUCCUUACCUACUGUCUCUCGCUGAUGCGCGCACACAACUCCGAGCAUCGCGACUCCUUGCCGGUGCUGGACGUAACUGCGCUUCGCCAUGUAGCAUACGUCCUGGAUGCGAUCCUAUUCUACAUGCGCGCCACAAACGAGUUUGAAAUUGAUCGCGGCACUUCGGGCUCGAACGUGUGGGGCGACGAUCAGGACGAGAACGAGAAUGAAGAAACGGAGGAAGAAAUCUCGACCUCGAUCGUGAUGGACACGGACUCGGUCGAUGAGGACGUCCUGUCGCGACCUUCACUCGGCCGGCGCCACUCGUUCUUCCAGCGUUCGGACUCGACGCUCUGCCUUGGCUGUCCGGCACCGGACCCGUUCAAUACGCCACUCACCGAGGCGUUACCACUGGCCGACCAACCCCACCGGUUGCAACCGAAUGCAAAACGGGAGGACCUUUUCGGCAUGCCGAAGAGACCGAUUACCUUGCCACCGAAUGGUGGCGGUGCCUGUGGUAGUAGCGGUGGUGGUGGUGGGGUAGGAUACAGCGCGGCCGCUCAGAAUGCGUCGGCUGGCUUUGCCGGUGUUAUGGGUGAAGCUGUGGUAGGGGGCGUGAGUAGCAACGUCGGUGGAAGUGGCACCGGAGCUAACCUGGAAUUGCCUCCCGUUCGGCUGAGUCUUUCGUCGUCGAUUCGAAACGAUCCGUCGAGCGAUCAGGCCGACGGCAUGAUUGUCGAUCCGACUGAGACGAUGUACGUUGAGCAAAGCCAGGACCAGGCCGUGCCAUUCAUUGGUGGAGCCGCCGGUGGUGGUAAUGUGCAACCACCAACUUCACCUCCUCCGCCGAGCACGGACUCUCGUGUGCGGGUAGAAAUUUCACUUCCCGUAGGAAUUUAUCAGGCCACCAGUGGAUCGACCUCUUCUGCUGCCAAGGUGCAGCAGGAAAUGAUGGAUGCUGUUGGAGCCGGCUCUAGUAGUGGUGGAAGCACGGUCGCGAUUAAAUCGGGCGAAACACUCUCACCGAAACCUCCGCCUCCGCCACCACCGCCGGGUAAUAGCAGCAGUAGUAGUAGCAGCAGCGGCAGCGGUGUUGGUGCUGGCUCUUCCUCCUCCUCGUCGUCGUUCUCCUCCGAUGUGUACUACAAGAAGAGCCGGCUGUUCUUCACGAAGAACAACAAGUACAGCGAAGAGUCCGACGUCGAUGAAGAUCACGAUGAGCUGUCAGAGUCGGACUCGGAGGACUCGCGCCCGACCGCGGUCAAACGGCAGAAGCUGAACGAUGGUACGGAUGCGGCGACCAGCGAUGAAGCCACGGGUGGAGUCUCGCUGGUGAUGUCCCAGCAACAGCAGCAGCAGCAGCAAACAGAUGGCAGUAUCGUGCAGCAACAUCAGCUGCAGCAACACCAACAUCAACCGCAGCAGCAACAUGUCCAGCUUCAUCAGCAGGAAGCCUCGUCUGCCAUUAGGCCACCGAUUAUUGUCACACGAAGGAAGGUGGCGAUGGCGGCAGAAGCAGCCGGUAGGGGAGCCGUGGCAGGCCAGGUCGGACUGGAUGCGUCGAUGACUUUAGGACCAAAUUCAUCUGCUGCCAGCCUAUUAUCAUCGGAUGUGGCAAUGGCAGGCGAUCAGGCAAGUGGCAGCUCAUCAUCCUCCUCCUCCUCCUCCUCUGGUCCUUCCGUGUCCUUUGCCAAUCCAUUGGUCACCAUCGGAGGGAGCUCCGGAGCGGCCGGUACCUCGCCAGGAAAGAGCGUCAUUGUCCGUGCCGGAUCAUCAUCGACGACGGUAUUUGCCGCUAGCAACGCCGGUGUCAGUAAUAGCAAUUCGUCGGCCGACCUUAUUCAACCAGCGGAGGCAAUGGAUAUUCAAGAAAUUUCCGCACACGUCACGGUUGAAACGACUCCCAACGUGGUUUUGACGGUGGAGACGACCGCAAACUCCGUAGUACCGGUGGCACCGGCUGUCCAACCCGAAAUGCCUCCUCGGGGCUAUUAUCUACGCGGUGCCUCCUCAAUGCACUCGUCGGUACUUUCGUACAUCCUGCUCGGCCGCUGGCGCCUCUCGCUGAACCUCUUUGCACGUGUGUUCCUUGAGGACGUUGGCAUCGAACCGGGUAGCGUCAUCUACGAGCUGAACGGUUUCCCUGUGAAAGAGGCCAAGUUCCGGCGCUAUAUGGAGAAGCUGCGCACGAGCUGUUCGCACCAGAAGGACCUAACGCUAUCCAAGAUGGAACGCAAUCGGGCGGCACUGCUUUCGCAGACGUUCAAGGAGCUAAACACACUGUACAACAACCGGCGUGUCCAGCAGCCCCUGAUGUUCUCCCGGGUGAAGGUGACGUUCAAGGACGAACCGGGCGAGGGUUCGGGUGUGGCGCGAAGUUUCUACACGGCCAUCGCCGAGGCGCUGUUGGCCAAUGAAAAACUGCCCCCACUUGAUACGGCCCAGACUGGACCGGGUAAAUACGGCCCCGGGCCGUUUAACAGCAUGCUGCACAGUGGUGGACCCGGUGGCAGUGGAGGCAGCGGUAGUAGCAGUUCGCGCCGUGGGCUUUCGAGUAAGCAGCCGCUGUGGCGUCCGAACCGGGAACCACGCAAGACGCUCAACUACGAUGCCCGACCGUUCCGACCGGCGAGUGAAAUGAACGCCGGAGGAUCUUCCGCUGGGGCAGCGGCGGCCGGCGCUGCUGGCGGCAACAGUAGCCCACCGUUCCUGCACGUCGGUGAUAGUUUGUCAGUGCAGCAGCAGCAGCUCGGCGAACGGCUUUACCCGAAAAUCCAUCAGCACCAUCCGAGCAAUGCAGCCAAAAUAACGGGAAUGCUACUUGAACUGCCCCCUACCCAGGUGCUCCUGCUGCUUGCCUCGGACGACAAUUUGCAGCAGAAGAUUGGCGAGGCGUUAGAAAUUAUCGUGCACCGACAGCGGCUUGAAAUUGAGAACCUAACGAACGGACAAAGUGGUAUUUCAUCGAAAAAGACUGGACCUAUGCUAGUGCUUGAGGACUGCCAACUAGACGCACCGCUGUUCUACACACCCGGCAAGCGGGGCUUUUACAGUCCCCGACAGGGCUAUCCUUCGAGCGAGCGGAUGAAUGCUUUCCGCAAUGUUGGAAGAUUGAUCGGAUUGUGUUUGCUUCAAAACGAACUGUUUCCUCUUUUCCUUCAACGGCACGUACUGAAAUUCAUCCUCGGUCGCCAGGUACGAUUCCACGAUCUAGCCUUUUUCGAUCCGGUGGUGUACGAGUCGUUGCGUCAACUGAUUAAAGAUUCCCAAACCAAAACGGGCGUGAGCAUUUUGCAGAGCCUCGAAAUAAACUUUGUGAUCGAUCUUAUACCGGAAGAAGGUUCUGGCACGGUAGAGCUCGUACCUGGCGGUCGAGAUAUUCCGGUGAAUGAAAGCAACGUGUAUGACUACGUGCGCAAGUAUGCCGAAUAUCGGAUGAUAAAAACACAAGAGAAAGCUUUGGAGGCGAUCCGUUCGGGUGUGUUUGACGUCCUCCCGGAUACGGCCCUCGAGCAGCUAACGGCGGAGGAUUUGCGAUUGCUGCUGAAUGGCGUCGGUGACAUCCACGUCGGCACGCUUAUUUCCUACACGACAUUCAAUGACGAGUCGAACGAAACAAGUGACAAGUUGAUAAAGUUCAAGCGUUGGCUUUGGAGCGUAGUCGAGAAGAUGAGCAAUCUCGAGCGACAGGAUUUGGUGUAUUUCUGGACCGGUUCACCCGCGUUGCCAGCGUCAGAAGAAGGAUUUCAACCGAUGCCCUCGGUCACGAUCCGCCCGGCCGAUGACGCCCAUCUUCCGACGGCCAACACCUGCAUCUCCCGUCUAUACAUCCCGCUUUACUCGAGCAAAGCGGUCCUGCGCCACAAAUUACUGUUAGCUAUCAAAACGAAGAAUUUUGGAUUUGUAUAAACAAAAAUAAAACCUAACGGAGCAAAUUGCCUCACAGAAGGGAUACGAAUGAUAGGUCACAGGUAGCAAUGAAAACGUUUUCGCCACGAAGUUUUAGCAGCCGAGUGUCGAGAAGUCGAUCGGGGUUCGUAUGGCUUAGGCCUCAUUAGAUAUUUCCUUUUUUCUCGGAACUGUUCCCACUAUUUGCAAUGGGGAGUUAGAAAUGACUUAGUUUUGCUAUCGGUAUUUUCUUUAAUAAAGUAGAAAAGUUACUAGUGUAUACAAAAACGAACGCUAUCGUUCUCUCCAGUGCGCAUAUAUACCGGCACACUCGGCACCAGCAGCAGAUAGGCAGGACAAACAUUCAGACAGAGCGUGCAGCAGGAGGGUUAGUGUGUGCGCGUAUUAUUUAGGGUGAUACUAGCAUAAACAACUCAUUCUACAUGGCACCUUCGUUCGCCAUCUCGGAAUGGUUCUACAAUUUCUCGUUCCUUCUUCUAAGCUAGAAAAUCCCCAACAAUCGGUCGCGUAUCAGGAAAAAUUAAGACCCUCUGGAUAAAACUAGAUAGAUAUAAACCAGCGCGAAAUGAUAGGUUAAUGGCAUAAAACAUGGAUGUCGUUCAAUAGCAGGUGAUUAAACGUAAUCGAAAGUCAAACAAGGGAUAUGAAACAAAUGAUAAACGUUAGUCAACGAAAUGCGUAACAUAAAACACGGCUCUAUCGACAUUGGCCGGUUGUAAAGGGUCUAGACAAAUGAAUACUACGCAAGGUCACGACUGUCUUUGGCUAGGUUUUGUGUGUUUCUUUUGCAUAAUUUAAUGUUUUGGUUUGAAGAAUGCUUAUCUUUCUACCAUGGCUUAUGCGAUGAAUUUAACUCAACAAACAAAAUAUUCUUGCUUGUAUAGAAUAUCACUGAUCGGAAGAUUUCUUCCGUGCAUCGCGAAGCUGAACAAAAAGGGGGCAAACGAGACAACAAAUCGAUGUAGCUGCGAGCAGCUAACGAUGGAGUAAAACACACUAUACAUAUAUAUAUAUACAUAUAGGGAAUAGUAUCAACAAAUGAAACAGAAGCAUGCAAAUAAUAUAACAAUCUGAUAAUUAUAAAUAUACAUAUAUCAACAAACAUUAAUAUAUGUAUAUAUAUAUUUAUAUGGUCAUAUAUACACACCGCCCUUUGGUACAUGUAGAAUGUGCGUGUGCGUGCGAGCAUGUACGUGUGCUAAACUAAUUGACAAGCACCACAUCCUUAACAUACCGGUUUUGAUCGUGACUAAUUUGCGUUCAAGCACCGUGAAGAAACAAGCCAAGUGAAGGACGGAGCAAACCCCGAAUGUCCUUGGGCGGGUGAUAGGCGAUAGCCGAAUGUAAUAACCAUUUGUAGAUAGAACGCGGAAGAAGCCGCCCAACGGUCGUGGAUGGGUGGGGGCCGUAUAGGAUACUACUGUAGAAAUUACGCCUGAUAAGCAAUGCAAUGCCACAUCUUAGAGAUGAUCAGUUGGUUCCGGAUCAGUUGGGACGGUUACAGUAAUGCAAUGUGCUGAGUAUGUGCAGCAGCAGACGGCACGACACAGGCAUAGGGAAGAAAAACGAAUGCGACAGAUAGCUAGAGCGAUGGACUGUUUUGAAGUGGGUUAAGGCCACCCCCGCGCAACAAUAGGAUUGUAAUUUUUUCCAAAAUAUUUUCAAAUCUUCGGUUGAUUUGAGUUUGAAUAAAUAAACAAAUGUCUGUUGUAUUUUUUCGAAUGGUCGUCAAACCGAUAUGAAAUGAAGCACGAAGAUAUUUUUAACGAAUUGGCGUGCGCGCGACUCCGUUAGCAGUUUCGGAAAAAAGCAGCAACAGUUGAAGCGCCAAAGGAAAGAUUUGAAAAUUUUCACAUGGAAAUGAAAACAUAUCGCUCAUUAGUUGAACGUUGUAGUAGAAAAUCGGUUUUCUUAUUUAGAUUCUUUUUUCGUUGGGAUUUGAAUUAUUUGCUUACUUUCAUACCCAUAUCUGUCACCACGAGUGAAGUGAAAGUUCUAAUGAAAUAAUAGUUUAUUUUAGUUCGUUAAGUAUUUCCUUUCGUAGGAACAUUUAGUACGACACAAAGGUUCUUUUCUUUUUUUUUUAUUGUAUAGUAAGGCGGAGGUUCAGAAUCAAAUUAGGCUGAUUUUUAACGAUUUGAUCGAAUUGAAAAGGGCAAACCACACAAUUUCUUACGACCGCACGCACACUCGUAUCUUGUACCAUAGCGCGACCAUUUAUAGCGAUAGUGGAUGCUACGGAAGCUGCAUUAAUAGGGGUUUACUUGUGAACGAAAGAACGGCAAAGCACCGAUAGCAGUUUGAAGCGAUAUAAAACAAAUUAUCAAUUUUAUGGAAUACACGGAAUGCGU